AUGCUGGGCCUCCUGGGGAGCACGACUCUCGUGGGCUUGAUCGCAGGCACUGCUGUGGCCGUUCUGCUGCUGCUGCUGCUGCUGGUCACCUGCCUGCAUGGAGGAGAGCAGGACCACGAUGUGGAGAGGAACCGUCCGGCUGUAAGGAGAAAACGGGUUCGGCGAGCCCAGCCUUGGUUCUUCCCCGGCCGGGCCCGCCUGGGGCACUUCCAUCAUCCCCACCAUCCUGGCCAUGUGUCUCACACGCGCCACGCAGGACUGCACCACCAGCACCUCCACCACCACCGCCUGCACCAGGCCCGCCUCCACCCCCACCGAGGCCACCACUGAUGCCUGUGGAUUGCAGCCACUGCCUGCCCUACGGUCUCUAGAAUGAGUGGACCCCAUGUUCCCGCGCAGAAGGACACCUCUGUGUGCUGAACACCGGGGACUGUGCCUGGGUCCUGCUCGGGCUUUAUUUGUAUAUGGUGCCCCGGUGAGCCACAGAGGCAGAGGACAGAGGAACACCUGGGGUGGCCCUGCUUGUGC